UCCCCGCCCCCCUCCGCCCUCCGCCCUGCGGCCACGGUUGCCCAGCGCGAGCGCGCAGUUGCCUGGGCGACAGUGAGGGGCUGGCUGGGAGAGGCCAUGCAUCAGGUGACGGUGCCGGAGCUUUAUUCCCGGAGGAAGCGGGCAGAGGGACAGGGGGCUUCCUCGCCGGAGCAAUUGGGAUUACGAUUAGGGAUGUGGUACUGGAAAGAUGAAACCAGAACUCUUGAAUUCAGAAGUUUUACACCUGCAGUGGAACUCAAGGAAAAAGGAAAGAAAGGCAAAGCAAUACACUUUGCUGAAAUUGAUGGUCCGGCUUCAGACAGGUUGACGGAUAAAAAGCUUGCUUCAAGAGACGAUAAGUCAGUUAAAGCCUUAGAGAAGCGAGGUCAGCAGGGCAACGUGAUGCUCCAUGAUGCUAAAUUUGUUGCUUUGUUUUUACUACAAGAUAAUGAGAUGCAGCGGAUCUGUUCCUUUACAACAUUCAUGAGGAAUAAGAAUCUUGACAAUUUCCUCAUGGCAUUAUUGUACUAUUUAUCUCAUUACUUGGAAAAAAUAGCCCUGGAAAAGAAACCCAAAAGCUGUAUGGUGGGCCUUGUAGAGAAGAAGGAGAUGGAAUUGGUUAUAAGGAAGUUAGAAGCAGCGCAGAAUUACCUGGCACAGAAGUACUGCGUCCUUGUCCUGGGCUUGGCAAUGCCUGAUAAGCAUCACAUGUGCUGCGGGAAGGAGAAAAGAUCAGAUACACAGAAAGACUGGAAAUUCUUUGAGUCCUUUUACACUUUCUGUACAUAUGUAGCUUGGAUUGUGUUCCGACGUCAACACUUCACAGAGAUUGAGGAAGAAAUAGGAAGGCUCUUUCGUACCAAUAUGUUCAACAUUCCUCGGAGGAAGCGUGAGGAGGAGGAAUCAGGAGGGGAAAAGAAACGCAUGACUUUUGUACAAUUCAGGAGAAUGAUGGCGAAACGCCCAGCAAUUAAAAAAGCCAUUAACAUGCGCUCUCCAGUCAUGUCUACUCUGCUGCCAUCUCUCAGAGAAAAAGCUCAGAAUAUCUUUGAGAAAAAGUAUCAUCAAGGAGUCAUCAAACUCCCGGCCCCGAUGCAAGAGCACAUGGAAAGUCUGGACUCUGUGCUCAUGCCAAACUGCCUGCUCCAGGGAUCUAGAGCAUCUGAAACAUCACUAUUGCAGGAUUCAGCCUGCCCAACCCUAUCAUCCUAUUUUGGACUUCGUUUAUGGCAUUCUGAUCGCCCAGCUGAUUUUUAUGCAAAAUCGUCUCCAGAGCGGCCUGUGUCUUGCAGCGGGCUCAUGUUGUUCUUUGUCUCUGAGUUUGGGCACAUGCUGGUGGCUUUCUCUCUGGGGGUGACACCUGAGGCAGUCCAGGUUGACUGGGGAGUGUGACACCCUCUUCCCCGAUCCUUUCCCUUUGCCACAAGCUCCGACUAAAGCAUGCCUGAGACUGUCAACUGAACAAAAUGUGCCCUCGAGAAAAAGAACACACUAGCAAAAUGCAGUACUUCCAUCACGUGCAGAAAACUGGAAUCGGCCUCAGACCGUGCCCGCGGCGGUGGUCAGGCCUCCCGCGGAUCCGGCUGAUAGCACACUUCCUGCUUCAGGGACUGUGUUCUUUUGUGUGGCUUCUCUGAGCCCACCGCCUGCAUAAAUCUGCUGCUUUCUACCCAGACACUGUUGCUUCACUUGGAAAUAAUUAUCUCCUUCUCCACAUGCACCCUGUUCCCUUCACCCACAUCCCUUAUCAUGCCAUGAUAAUCACACACUGAAGCAGAUGUAAAAGGCACAAAUGGAGCAUUUGCUUGACGACUCGAGAGCCUUGUGUCAUUGCACACAAAGAAGAAAGUGAGGAGGAGCCCAAUCUGCCAUCGCAGGACUCACACUGGAACAUGUACCCAUUAAAGAACAAUUGAGUGGAUUUUUUAGAGCUAGAAUUUUUUUCCCCCAUUAGUUCUCGCAGCAAACCAGGAAGAGUGGUAGUUAUAGUUGCUGGCUUUUCAAGCCAGGACCCUAAGAUACAGAGCUGUUGUUACCAGUCUAGAAUUAUGUUUGUCUUAUGAAAUCAUUUGUGAAUCCACAAAUAAUUACUGUGCACCUGCUGGGCCAGGUUCUGAGAAUAUUACUCCCAUUACGAGGUAGACAUGGUCUGUGCUUCUCCACAUGGCUGGAGCUUCUCUGGGCAGAGGGUGGAACGAGAGGGAGUUAGCAGGGACUGACUAGAUGGUUUGAGCUUUGUAGGUUGUAGGGAUUUUGUCUAAUUGGAUGGGAAUCCGGUGGAGGCUUGUAGUCAAAGGAGUGACACGGUCCAAUUUAUGUUUGAAAAGAUUAUUCUGGCUCCUGUGUGGAAGAUGGGCUGAGGUUAGGGUUGGAGGGAUGGAGAAUAGAGGCUGGAGGUCAAUUAGAGAUUACAGAGGUGGCCCAGGAGAGGGAAGGUGGUAAGCUGGACUAGGGAUGGAUUCUGGAUAAGGUAGAGUUGGCAGGAUUUGCUGAUGGAUUGGCUGUUGGGGAAGAGAAGAAAGAGAGCAAGGAAGUCUCUAAAGUUUUUGGCCUGAGCAGUUGGGUGUUUGGUAUUUCCAUAGGGCAGAAUGGAUGAAAAACAGGUUGAGGGAGAAAUCUUCAUUUCUAUUUUUAGACUGUUAACUUUGAGACGUCAAUCAGUCAUCCCUGUGGAGAUGAGUUGGCAUUUGGAUAGAGAGAUCUGGAGUUCUGGGGAGAGACCUGAGGUGGAAAUACAGAUUUGGGAGUCAAUGGCUCUCAGAUUGGUUAAGAUUACCUAAGGAGACUGAAGAUACAGAAGACAAAGGACACUCUACAUGUAAGAGGGGGCAGGGGAGGAGCAAACGCAGCAAAUCCCUUACGUGCUCCAGCAGCUCACCCCGCCUUCAGAAUGUGCCACAAGCCAGUGAGGUACGAAGAAACACAUGACGGAGAGAAGUCAUGGUAGACAAGAGAAAAGAGCCUGCCAUGAAGUAGGGGUGGCAGCUGGGCAGAAAUGCUGCAGGACGAACUGGUACGAUAAUAACAGAGGUGUCUGCCAGGGUUGGGAACAUAGAGGUCAACUGUGCGGGCUCCAAGUGUGGCGCCCCCUUGAUGAGGGAGCCCUCUGCCAGAGUUCUUGUAGCAAAAGAAAAAGGAAACCACGAUUGGUCAAACUCUGGCAGAGUUUGUCAUGAAGGGAAAGGAAGAAAUGGCGCAGGAGCUAGGGGAAGAUAUGCUGUCAAGGAGGUGAAGCUUUAGUGUUGGGUUGUUUGGAUCUUUGGCUUUUAGAGAUCCGAGGUAAUAGAACGAGUCUGUGCUGACACAGGGCAAACUGAUGAUUCAGGAGAGAGAGAAGGCAUACUUGUAGAGAGCUGAGAACCAAAGGUUGGGAAGCGUAGGUUGGGGGUUGCCCUUAGAGAGAAGAGACAUCUGUCAUCACAGCAGGGAAAGCAGAAGGUGUGACAUUCUUUCUCCAAGUCUCUUUGACGCUCAGAGGCCCCUUGUGUGUGCACCACUUGAGCAAGGCCCGCUCUCUGAAUUGUCAGUAGAGGAAACCAGAGACCAAAAAUUCUCAGCCCAGAGGAGUGCAUAUAGCUAAUGAUGGACUUUCAGACACCACACUGGAAAGACAUAGCUGGGCUGUGAAGAGUGUCUUGUUGGUUUCCCUGAAGCCACACUUUUUGGGUGAUCAUCUACGCCAUUUAGGUAUAAGACUGGCCAUGGAAGUUGCAUCAUUUUUUCCCAUAGGAUCCCUUAACCAAGUCAUGAGUCCUCAAGCAUUAAAAGGAAUAGCACCUGAGCCCUGAGCUGGCUUCACCUCUGUAGAUCUUUUUAUUUUUUUAUUAAAAAAAAUUUUUUUAUUAGUUUUCUUCAUUUUUGAGAGGCAGAGAGAGAGCGCAUGUGGGGGAGGGGCAGAGACAGAGGGAGACACAGAAUCCGAAGCGGGCUCCAGGUUCUGAGCUGUCAGCACAGAGCCCAAUGCGGGGCCCGAACUCACGAACUAUGAGAUCAUGACCUGAGCUGAAGUCAGAUGCUCAGCCGACGAAGCCACUCAGGCGCCCCACCUGUAGAUUUUAUUUUGUGCCCUGGGGUUGUAUUUUAAGACUAAGUUCAUUGCCCUUUUAGAAUUGACUCCCAGGGGAAAGAUUGUGUCUCCCAAAAAUUUACCAUAAUUACUUUCAUGAGGAAACAAGAAUAUUUGACCAAUCGUGGUUUCCUUUUUCUUUUCCUACAAGAACUCUCAGAAAUAAAUGUAAUGCUUGAUCACAAGAACUUAGAGUUUUGACCUCUUAGGUUUUUAUUUUCUAUUUUUAUAUCUUUUCUUUUGUUUCAUUUUUUAUUUUUUUUUUACUUUGAAAUAAUAGCAGAUUCACAUGCAGUUUUAAGAAAUAAUACCAAAGGAUCCUGUGAACUCUUUGCCUGGUUUCUCCCAAUGGUGACAUCUUACAAGACUAUAGUACAGUUUCACAACCAGAUAUUGAUAUUGAUUCAGUCAAGAUACAGAACAUUCCAUCUCUCCAAGAAUGCAUGAUGCUGCCCUUUUAUAGCCACUCUCUUCUGUCCCCACCGUCUCCUUAACCUUUGGUAAUUGCUAACCUGUUCUCCAUUUCUAUAGUUUCGUCAUUUCAAGAAUGUUAUAUACAUUAUGUAACUUUUGGGGAUUGGCUUUUUUUCACUCAACAUAGUUUUCUGGAAAUUCAUUCAAGUUGUUGCAUGUAUCAGUGAUUUGCUCCUUUGUGGAUGAGUAGUACUCUGUGACGUGGAUGUAACACAGUUUAUUUAAUUCAUCCUUUGAAGGGCAUCUGGGUCAUUUCCAGUUUGGAGACUAUCACCAAUAAGGCUGCUACAAACAUUCAUGUACAGAUUUUGAUGUGAAUGUGAGUUUUCACUUUUCUGAGCUUCUAUCUUUUCUAGUGAAUUGUAUUAGGUCUUUUUCUGUGAAUGAAUAGUAUAUAAUCAUCAAUAAACAAAGGCCAUCUACUUUCUUCUUCGUGAUUGCUAUUAGCAUGCUAUUACCCUCUAUCUUCACAGCUUCCCAGUCUCUGACUCCUCUCAUGGGCUGGAAAAAAGCAGAUGAAAGUUGGAAGAGUUACGUAGCAUGUUUGUGGGUCAAGUGGAGCCUGGGUUCUGGUAUAUGGUCUCAACUCCUGGCUUUUAUAUGAAAGCUGCUGCAGUUCUUAAGAUACAGUUUAUUUUUAUUCUUCUCUCCAGGAUUCUGGACUCUAGCAACCAUGUUGGUUUCAAGUGGCUUGUGUAGAACAGGCUCAGAGAUGUGGUUGGGCAUUCUUUCAUGUAUGUAGGCAAUCAAAAGUCCUAAAGGAGAUGGAAGCACAGUUGACCCCCUAGCCCUACUUCAGGCUGGGUGUAAGAUUUGAAAUUAAGAUAAUCACUUCAUGGAACCACGGUUUAUACCAUCUCUGCUGAAAAGAAUGCUGGAUUCAAAGAAAGAGACAGAAUGAAUCCACCAUGAAACCCAACCCAAUAUUUUUGUUGAAGCCACGUCUGAUAGACCAUCGAUGGAGGAAUGAAGGAUGGGAAAGCACGUGCACCAGUUCAUUAUCUAGAACGGUCUAAAGUGACGCAUACAGGGGUGCCUGGGUGGCUCAGUCAGUUAUGGGUCCGAUUCUUGAUCUCAGUUCCGGUCUUGAUCUUGGGGUCAUGAGUUCGAGCCCUGUGUUGCACUCUGCGCUGGGUGCGAAGCCUACUUAAUAAAUAAUAAGUAAAUAAAUAAUAAAGUGACACAUACAGCUAGAUAUGGCCCUCACUCUGCUGUACUAGCAUAAUAUCUAGAAGCCAAAUUUUAUUUGCUCAUUUAUUUCACUCAACACUCUGCUCACUGGGUGCCCGGUUCGGGUGGGGGCUGGAAACUGAGGAAUUAAGAUGUUCUUCUUAAGUUCAAGGAGCUCACCGUCCAGUGGGAGAGGCAGAUAAAUGUUUAGAUAGUCAUGACAUGAUGCACCAAGUGCUAUUCUAAAGUUUGCAAGUAGCAGUGGUGACAGCAGCAGCCUCCAGUGAGGAGGGGGUGGCGUCAGCAUUGGGUGCAGGAAUGUGGCCUUGCCUGUGGUUGUGACUAAUCUUCUGCCCUCCCUUUAUUCUUGUCUGUUUUCUAAGCUUUCCUGAUAAUUCUACCCAGUAUAUUCCCAGUAAAUUAUCUGUCUACUUAAAUCAACCAGACAGUGUUGAUGGAGAGAUAGGCCACUGGUCUCAGAUUCCUAGGAAAACUUCCAGAAUUGUUUUUUUUGUGUGUGUAAAUGUAGCACGAAGCCUUACGUGGUAUAAAAUGUUGAAAUACUUCCAUGUCAGUUGGUAAAUAGACACCGGCUCUACCCCCAUGGGACCCCAAAUUCCCUGGUCCCUCCCUUCAUUCCCUGUCCCCUAUGAUCUGUCAUCUCAAGGGGUUACACCAGGCAGAGGUGCUCUGGUGGCAUUCUUCCUGAUUGACAGGUGCUUCUGGUGAAGCACUGAAUGUAUACAGUAUACACAUAUAGGUGGAUGUAUGUAAGUAUGUGGAAGGUGUAUAUUCAUGACAAAUUCAUCCCAAUGGGGUGAAUCCUACUACACACACAUACUACUACACAUUCUGUAUGGCUAAUGUGAGAUCUUUCCAUAUCAGCACUUGUAGCCUUUUCAAAUGGCUCUUUGGCAAUCCAUUCCGUGGAUUUAACCAUAGAUGAUUUAAUCAGUUUGGGGAGGUUUCAAAAAAUAGAGAUGCCCUGCCCUCAUUUCUUAACACCAACUUCAAGAUGAAGAUUCAGGAAGUCUAGGAAAGGGUUGACUCUGUGAAUUUUCCAAACUUUCCAGGUGGUUCUGAUUAUCGGCCAGGUCUGGGAUUUUUUUGGCAGAAGCAAUGCAUCAGUUCACCCUACAAAUAUGGAAAGCCCACAAAAAGCCAUGAAGCUUCAUUUUUUUUAAAGAAGGUCUACCUUCUCCUCUCUGGGGCACAAGAUAUAAAAUAAACAAUAUAAAAACCUGUGUUGAAAGGCUUCCAAUACUUCAGUUCAUCAUUGCCCUGGCUUGCUACCAGACUGUAAAUUUUCUCUGGUUAGCAAUAACUAAAAGGAAUGCCAUUCUGGAAGCAAGAUGAGGGGCAGAGACCUCUCAGUAAGUUCCAGAUAUCGAGGCCAAGCUUUUGCUUCUUCCAAAGAACACUGCUGUCCCUCCUGUAUUUAGAAUAAAUUCAACUUUGAUUGUCCUCCAGGAACUGAGCAGUGGCCAAACAUCAGUAUUUCUUCAGAUUUGGAAAUGAAUUUUGAUUGUUUCUUCAUAAGUCGGCAUAAUGCUUAGAUAAUCAACUGCAGUUCUUGGCAAAGAUUAAAAUGUGAACUCAGUUCACCACUCCCAGACUAUCUGGAAACCAGGAAAGUAUAUUUAUGGGAAAAGAGGUUUAUAUAAAUACUUUCUUCAGUGACCCACAUGAUGGAGUUGAGAAUAAAUAUCUUGCUUUUGGUGGAUGAUACCAAAUUAGGUGGAGCUGGCAACAUCCCAACACUGAGAACUAAACUCAAUAUGACCCUUUUAGAUUGGCCUUGACAAGAAAAAAAAAAAAAAUGAUUCGCACCAUAAAUACAAGAUGAGAAAUGGCUCACAAGCACUAUAGUAAAAAAUAAAAUGUUACAGAGUUUCAAAGUUAACAGCUGGUUCGUAACUCCAAAAUUAGUCAGCAAUAGGGAAAAUAUUGGGAAAACAAAAGAACAUAAUGCUGGAAUGUUAAUGUGGAGAAGAUAAGCACAAUUUCUGAAUACUUUCCCACAUAUGGCCUUUGUAGGGCCUUAGCUAGAGAACACGCCUAUCCAGUUAGGGCCUUCAUAAUUUGGGAAGACUAUCUAAAAACAAUUCAGUGGGCCCUGAGAACUGUGGGUGGCUGAGAUGACCAGGGGUGGGGUGGAGAAUCUCUAAGAGACAUUUUAAGCUAAAUGGAAUUAGUAAACAUAUCAGAAAGAGAACUCAAAAACGGCCUAAAAACUAUCUUCUAAUAUUCAUGGUGUGAUUAUAAAGAGAGUGUUGAAUAUCUUUUUCUCUCUUCCACAGAGGGCACACCUGGAAAUCAAGAGGUGAAUAUUAAUAAUUCAGAUUAAGCUAGGUCUAAGGAUGAGUUUGCUUGAAGUAGAUUAGUGGGCCGGUGUGUCGUAGCUGGAGAGCACAGAGCAUGGACUCUGGAGCCAGACUGCCCGGGUUCACAUCCCGUUCCACCACUUACUCCCUGUGAGGCCUUGGGCAGGCCUUACUUUCCCUCAAGCUACCUCACUUUUCCAUGUGAGUAGUGGGGAGGCCAAGAGCGUCAGCCUUAUAACAUCAUGGGAAGGAUGGCAUGAGAUGAUUAUGCAAAGCCCCGAGAAGUGUGUGGUUAUUGGCUGAUGACUAUGGAUAGGAAAACUUCGAGAACAGGCUCCUGGAAGUGAUUCUUGAGUCUCUUCUUAGGCAUUUGAAAGACUAUCUCAAACUAAUGGUUAAAUCUGUAGUGCUAAUUCGAGUCAACACUGUGAAGGACACAUGGUUUAGUCAUAAUUUCAAAAUUGCCUCAUUCUAUCACAUUCUUAUCUCACAAAAUUAUUAACCUUAUAUACCCAGUGGUGUCUGCCUUGCACACAAUAUACAUAGUCAAUCACUAUUCAGUCAGGAUUACAAGCCUGAAUAUGUUCAUGAGAAUAUUUGCUCCUUAAUCUUUUGAUAUUGCAGAAACAUUAGCAAAUAGUCUUCAUAACAAAUCAUAAAAUACGUUCCUCCCUGAAUUUUGUCUCAAUGAACCAGUUUAAUUCAAUUUAAUUAAAUUCCAUUCAGUUUAAGUAACCAUUAUUGAAGACCUGUGUUAGGCCCUUUCUAAAGGCUAGUAAUGCUUGUCUCCUGCCUUUAGAGACUGCAUAGUCUACCAAGAAAAGGGUGAAAGAAAAACAGUUCAUUUUAAUAUCGUGUGAUAGAUGGCACAUUUCAGGUGCCAACUGCUAUGUAGAAGCAUAGAGCCUGACUGAUGACUUUUGCCUGGGAAUCACCAAAGGCUCACAGAAGCUCAGACAUUGAACUGAACUUCGAAGAAAGUGGGGAAGUGAGAGCGUUUCUUGAGGUGAAGCUGAGAGGAGAUCUAGGAGUGACAGCUUCUGUCAGGUCCAGGGACCGCACUUGGCACGCAGAGUGAGGAACAUGGUGGCAUGAGGAAGAGGAGGCAUGGUGAGGGGACAGGAGCUGUUGCUCCAGGGGCUGAUAGCACUGAGCGACACUUCCUGGCUCUGCUGGCACCCUGCCCUGCCUCGGGGUCCAUCAGUGGCCAAUCGUGGGAAUGGACGGGGUGGCCUCUCCCAGUUCCUCUCCUGCCCUCUGUGUUGGGAAGAAAUUCAUGUAACUUGUAGGGACUCCAUAUCCUGAAUAGAGAAAAAAAAAAGUCCACAUUUCAACACUGUGGUCUCAGGGAAGUAAUGCCCCUCUUUAUAUAUAAGGAAGAGUUGAACAAACACUGGAUUUAGAGUCAGUUUCUAGGCUUGGGUUCAAAUCCCAGCUCUGGGGACAUCAGGUUGGCUCAGUCAGAAGAACACGCAGUUAUUGAUCUUAGGGUUGUGAGUUUGAGCCCCAUAUUGGGUGUAGAGAUUACUUUAAAAUAAAAUCUUAAAAAAAAAAAUCCCAGCUCUGUCAUGUAACUGUCUAUUCUGGGUAGGCCGUUCAUUGGCACUCAAGUUUUUCUGGACAAGGGCUUAAUAUGUUCAGCUCAGAGGACCCUGAUAAGGAUGAGAUGAGAGAGUGCAUAUGAAAGCAGCCAGCUUAAAGUAGAUGUUCCAUUGACAUUUGAGUGAUUUUUUGAUAUUGUUACUGUUUUUAUUUUGCCUAAGUAAUGUUGGCAUAGAGCUAUGACAUUUCCAAAUGAUCAUGAACAUGAAGCAGUAUUAGGGGCAACAAGAACUCUGAGGCUAAGGGUUUAAGCUGCACCUCCUCCACUGAAAACUCAGAGUAAGAAUCAUAUGUGUGUGUGUAUGUGUUUAUCUGUCUGUCUAUCAUCUAUCUAUCUAUCAUCUAUUUUUAACCAUUCUUACACAUUUGGACCAAAUCAUUUUCAAAACAGUAAAUAGUAAAUGCCAGAGUAAGACAUCUUAUCUGUGAUAAAUGGAGUAGAAGGAACUUUUUCCUCCAACUCUGUUUCUUUUUUUUUUUAAGUUUAUUUGUGUGUGUGUGUGUGUGUGUGUGAGAGAGAGAGAUAGAGUGCGAAUGGAGGAGGGGCCGAGAGAGAGAGAGAGAGAGAGAGAGGGAGGGAGACACAGAAUCUGAAGCAGGCUCCAGGCUCUGAGCUGUCAGCACAGAGCCCGAUGUGGGGCUCAAGCUCACAGACCAUGAGAUCACGACCUGAGCCAAAAUCGAAAGCUCACGGACUGAGCCACCUGGGUGCCCCUCCUCAACUCUGUUUCUAAGGAUUCUGGUAAUAUCUGCCCAAAUCACAGAAGUAUGUUAGAAGAAGGCACUCAUUCAGUUUAUUUCUAUGUUUCAAAUUGGUGCAAGUAUAGAACACUCUAUGGUAAAGUGGGAAAAUUUAAGAAACCCCACCCACGCCCUGGAUGUUUUUGUGAAACUUUCCAUAAUAAGAACAAUAAGGAGAAAUAGUAGGGGCCCCCGGGUGUCUCAGUUGAUUAAGCAUCUGACUUUGGCUCAGGUCAUGAUCUUGUGGUUCAUGAGUUCAAGCCCUGCAUUGGGCUCUGCACUGACAGUGCAGUCUACUUGGGAUUCUCU